AUGUCAAUAUUACAGAAUAAUCCAUUAGCGCCCAAUUUAGGGCAAAACAAUGUAAAUAAUUGCUCGCCAAAUAACAUACCAGCAUUCAACACAAAUUCUAUUCCAAAUUAUUUAAGAACUGGCAAUGCCAUUUUGGCAAACGACCUCAAUACAAAUAUGCUUGCCAAUGCUAAUACAGCCAUAGUGAAUGAACAGAUGAUUGGUCAGACACUUCCAGCAACAAUAACAAGUGCUAAUUUUAUACCAAUUGCAAAUAUACCCAGCGAAAUGAUCAAUAACUUACCAAUGUCGCCUAUAAUUUCAGAAAUAAUCCCAUCUUUACAAUAUGGUGAUAUAACAAUGUCCGGAGAUUUACCAAUAGGUGGCACGAUAAAAGUAUGUGGUUGUUUUCCAGUUUAUGGCACGAUAAAUGUUGACGGAAGUUUGCCGUCUACUGGCACGGCAGUAGUGGCAGAAUCGUUUGGUAAUCAGCUAUCAGAGGUCAUAUCUCAAUGUGCCAAUCAAGUUAUUUUG